UGGCCGCCGCUGUGUAGUUAAUGGCCUCAGCUUCUCCAAAACAAACAUGUUUUCUCUCUGGGCUUUAGGGUUGUUCCUGUUGACUACUGCGAUGGGCCAGCAACAGCCAGAUCUUCAACGUGGGAUCGCUCACUUUUGCGGCAAUUCGACCCUGACUGUGUAUGUGUCGAUGGAUUUCUUCAGUCACUUGGAUGCCACCGCUUUCCGUUUAGGGAGUUGUCCUCCUAGUGCCCACUCUCUAGGGGAGCUCAGCUUCCAGUAUGGGUUACAGGAUUGUCGAGCUGGCAGACUGGUGACUGACAAGGAGGUAGUUUACUGGAACUACCUGAAGUACGUGUCCAGUCCAGCCCCAGGAAAGCAAGAGUCACAGUUCAACACACGCCUGGAAUGUCGCUAUCCAGUGGAAGAAGCACCUGUACCUUUGACGACAUUUCCAUUAACUGGUUUUCUGGUUGGAGAUGGUAGACUGGUCUUUACCAUGAAAAUCAUGACUGAUGAUUGGAGUGCUGAGAGGCCAGAUACUCUAUUCUUCCUGGGAGCUUCUAUUAACUUGGAAGCAUCUGUCAUGGCCACAUAUCAUCAAGGCCUCCAUCUCUAUGUAGAUGAAUGUGUUGCUACUCCAACAAACUCUUUAGCUGAAUCUCCAGUGAAUUACACCAUCAUAAACAACUAUGGAUGUCUUGUUGAUGGAAAAACUGGGAAUUCCAAGUUCUUGCCCAGAAUCAAGGAGUCACACCUUCGGUUUGUUGUGCAGGCAUUUAAAUUCUCCAAUCUGGAGGGUACUGAUAUCUAUAUACACUGUAAAGUUACAGUAAGGGACCCAACUUGGAAUGCACAUCAGUUGCACAAAGCAUGUUCAUUUGAUCAGCAAACUGAAAGAUGGCAGCUUUUGGAUGCCCCAUUGCAAAGUUUCCAGUGUGACUGUUGCAACACAAUCUGCCAAAUGCGUCACAAAAGAGAAUUAAAAGCUGGUGUUGUCAGCUUGAUUAAAGUUGGUCCAGUGAAAGUACACUAGUUGAGAUCCAGAACUUCAGAUGAGUUGUACUUCUGUCUACCCCACUAUUGGCUUGCUUCUUGGGAGUCCUGUUUCUAAGCCUGUACAAAUAGAAGAUCCAGCAUACACACUAGCUGGAGAAGAGAUUACUGAAGCAAGUGGAUGAGAUUCCAAAAUAAAACUACAUUUUGCAACUUG